AAAAAAUAGUUAUCUGUACACAUAAGUGUAAGCAUGUUGAAUGUAUUCCAUUUGAUAUUAAUCACGCGCACGCCUAAUUGUUUCAACGGACUUACAUUUUCAUAAAACUUCGCCUCAUGUUCAAACGUAUGCUAGUGCGUAAAUAAUAGGAAAUUUAUUGUGAGUGAAUUACAGAAAGUACUUCAAGACUUUCUCCUUAUAAUCUCACUGCAGGUGAAUACAGUCAGGACAGGACUGAUGUCGAAUAGUUUAAAACUAAUUUUUAAUCCUACAAAUACUUUUUGAUUAUUCUCAGUUGCUCGAGAAAUGAUUUCGGUUUUUUUGUGAUCGUGUUUUAGUAAUUUUAUGAUGUGUGUUGGUUUUUAUUUUCAUUUUUAAACCGGUUUAAAUAACUUUUUAAAGUUUAAUGAAAUAUGAUAAGUAAUGUUGAGUAAUUUAUGUGCUUGAUAAAAUUUUAAAAUUGACAAUGAAGUCCUUUUACGUGGGAAUAUGGCGCAAAGCGUCACAAUUAUUCAAGUCAUCACCAUCAAGUAUGGAUGACGAUCGUGAACCUGAAAUCGAUCCUGCUUUAAAUCAACAUUUACAACAAACGAUGAACGAAGAGUUGAACAAAUAUGGAAAAAAAUUGGACGAUUCGCUUGAAAAUUUACUUUCCCGAAUGAAACCCGCAGACGACUUAUUUUCAUCUCAUGGCGACUGUAAAUCUAUCGAAUUCUCGACAGCCAGACGUAAAGAAUUCGUUGAAAAAGUGAAGAAUAUCAGAGAAAUUAUUCAAAACGAAUUUCGUGGCGAUUUGGCUAAAUUGAUCGCUUCGAAAUAUUCGAACAACGCCAAUUGUUUCCAGAAAGAGCAAUCCGGUGACUCUAUUGAUGAAAUAACACACUUGUUCAAACAAUUGAAACUCUCUUCUGAUUCAAUGGAAAUCGAUCGUGAAACUUAUUCCGAUGUGAUCGAUUUGUUUGAAAAUUUAAAUAUAUCCGGUAAGGAAUCUAAUGCGGAUAUUAUCGAUUUAUUGAAAAGAUUAUCCUUGUCCAACAUCGAAUCGCUAGAUCGAGAUGACUUUUCUGAUUCAAAAACCGACGAAUGUGGAACUGUAGGUGAUUUUGACGCCAUGGAUUAUAAUUCAGGCGGUGAUGAAAUGAUUAACGGUGAGAGAAAAAUUGAUGUAGAAAUACACGAUUUACUCGUCGAAGAGAAAUAUUCAUCAAAUAAUGAUUCUGGGUUCUAUGAAGGCGUAAGUUUAACCGACGUUGAUUCGUUGAUAAAAGAGAAGCUGCCAUUUUUACCUGGCACACAUUCUGAUUCUGUUUCCGAAAAGAGCUUGGACGUGGUUCAAUCCGAUUUAUUAGUUGAAGAGAAAUCUCCAUCAUCACCAGAUAUCGAUUCUAUUGCCGAAGAAAGCGUGGUAUUGGUUGAACCGAAUUUAUCAGUUGAAAAGAUAUCUUCAUCGCCAGAUACCGAUUCUGUUAUCCUAGGGAGAACGCUUUUGGACGAAUCAGAUAAUAUAUUAGUUGGAAGCGAAUUUUCAUCAUCAGAUGCUGAUUCUGUAUCCGGAGAGAGCUCAAUUUUGGAUUGGCCUGAUUUCCUCGUAAAUAGCCGACGUUUUUUUCCCGAGGAUGAAGGCUUCAUUAAAUUUUCGUGCAAUUGUUGUUCCGAAACGUUGGCUACAGAUCGAAAAAAUGCUGCUAUCGCAUUUACUAAUUUCAUGGUGGACAAGCGACUGAUUACGAAUGAAAGUCGUCUAUCGGAGCGAGAAUUAGAUUCAAUUUAUGCCAUAUAUGAAAUCGAGACUAAUCCUGAAGUUUCCAUUUCGGACCAGGUUUUGACCAUUUUGCAGACCAUUGGUAUCGUUAAGAAAAAGCCUUCGCCUAUUGAUGAAAACAAUAAGAAUGUGGAAUUUGAAGAAACUUUUUUCCUUGAUCGAAGUCAUGGUUUACAAGUUCGUUCUGAUGAAUCGGAAACUAGAAGCAAAGUUCUGCGAGCUCUGAAUCCCGAUUAUGUUAACAGAGCAGCCAUGUUUCGAUGUUCUGUUUGUAAGAAUUGUUUUCUCACUAAGGAAGAACUCGACGAUCAUAAUAUCUCCGAAAUUCAUAUUCUCAAAACUCUUCAUGAUCGAAACAGGAGUUGGUUCCUGAAAGACGUUGAUUAUUUGAAAAUCAGCGGAAUACCGAAUCGAAAACUGAGUCUUGAUGAAACUGGAAAUGCCGAAAUCUCGCUUGUGAACGUAGCCAAAGAUGGAGAAAAAAUUACCAUUUGGCGUAUUUUUGAGUUGGUUCAUUUCGGUGGCUCGGUGAAAAUGGAGUAUGGGUCGAAUUAUUGUUUGGAGAAAGGAGAAUCCUUCAAAAUUAGAAUGAAAGCCAAAUUUACGAGUAUUCUUUUCAAUGAAACGGCGUAUCCAAUUGUUUUAAAAGUAUCCCUUAAUGACGCCAGCAAAUGCAAUUACAUAUUGAUUGAACCACGUUUCAAAGCGGUCAAGAGCAGUAAAAGAAUAAAUUGUGCGCUUACAAACCUGAAGAAUUGCAAACCUCAUUCGAAAACGAGCCCUGAAAAUGAUGAACGAUGCAUUACUGCUGAGUCAGUUAAACCAAGUCGAAAUAUGAUUACGGAUGCAUUUCGUGCUUUUCAUUCGAAUAGGAGAAACGUUGCGAUGGAUAAUUUGAGAGUGAAAAGGGAUAUACCUAAACUCGACGCACAGAAAAAUGAAACAAAAUCAGCGAGUAUUUCCGAGCACGAAGGGGUACUCCAUGCUCCCCGAAUUGCUAGGGCGUCAAAAGUUCCAAAGUUGGCCUUGCCUGAGAACUACAUACCAAAAUUUUUGCAAACAUUGUUGAAGGUUGAUUUCAAUACAGCUAAUAUCAGCUUGUCAUCUACUGAAGAAGAGUCACUCAGAAAUAUUAAGAAGUUGAUCUUUGAGGAUGGUACUCUGAAAUUACGAUCUAGACAGUCCCUCACCGAACAUAAUUAUAUUGAGCGACUUCACUACGAAAUGUGGAUCGAAGAAUAUCAAUCUUUGAAAGAAAUGCGUCCGUAUGCUCGAACAGACGUCAGUUUUCUGACUGAUAAAUUGUCGGAAAAUUUGAUUGGAAUCAUCCUAACGAAUCUCUUCGAAGGAAGACCUUCGCUUUUGAAAGGUGAUUUUGCAAUCGUAAAAUCGAAAUCGACAAGCUUCCUUCAGGGUUUUAAAAGGUUUGAAGGUAGCGUUCAGCUGGUCGAGAAAAAUGCUGUCUACGUUCGAGUUAAUCAUGAAACAUUUUACUCGGAGGAAUGCUGGGUGCAUAAGGCUGAUGUAGAAUUUAGAUUUAAUCGCACUCCAUUGAGAAUGGGGCAUUCAGUUUUAGAGAGUCUUCCUGGAUUCAGAUGGCAGAGGUCACUGUUCCCUAAAUCGUUUGAUGAGAAACCUAAAAAUAUCCAGUUGAGGCCAUUUUUCAAUCAAUCGAUAGCGGAAAACGAUCUUCAGGUUCGAGCUAUUACUAACAUAGUUCAAAACAGAGCUUAUCCGGCGCCUUAUAUCUUGUUCGGACCUCCUGGAACUGGUAAAACUGCCACACUUGUCGAAGCGAUAGCUCAAGUCUGGAGUACGAUAGAAAAAAGCCGAAUUUGCGUGUUUGCUUCAUCAAAUUCAGCUGUCGAUGUGAUAGCAAAGCGUCUAUUACAAUAUAUACCGUUAUCGGAUUUAAUUCGGAUUUACAGUUUGUCUCGUAACGAUGCCGACUUCGUUUCGGAAUUACAAGGUUGCUGCAAUUACGACUCUAGAACAAAAGAGGUAUUUUUUCCCUGUUUCAACGAGUUAAAACGCAAAAGAAUCGUCGUUAUGACACCCGUCGCUGCUGGAAGGUACAUUUUAUGUGGCGUCUGCAAUUUUGAUUAUAUAUUUAUUGACGAAGCUGCACACGCUUUGGAAGUUGAUGUUUUGAUUCCUAUCCGAGCUUUUUUGCAUAACACUUCGAGCAGUUUGGUUUUAGCCGGAGAUACUAAACAGCUCGGACCAGUGGUCAGGUCACGCUAUGCGUCUGACUUGGGAUACGGAAUGUCGCUGAUGGAAAGGUUGAUGACAACAUGUAACCUUUACAAAAAAGACCCAGUCAGCGGACAGUACAACUCCAAAGUUAUCACGAAGCUGUUAAUUAAUUAUCGAUCUCAUGAAGCUAUUCUGCGUAUUCCGAACCAACAAUUUUACGAAAACGAAUUGAUAGCAAAAGGUUCGGAAAAAUUGAUUUCUAGUAUGUCCCAAUGGGAUAAAUUACCAAAGAAAGGAUUUCCAAUAAUUUUUCAUAGCGUCAAGGGACUGGAAAAACGUGAAGAUAAUUCUCCAAGUUAUUUUAAUUUGGAAGAAGUCGACGUUGUGGAAGAUUACGUGUCCAAAUUGUUCGAUUCGAAAAACCUAAAAUUCGAUGAAAGUGAUGUAGGAGUAAUCUCACCUUAUAGAAAACAGGUUCAAAAAAUAAGACAACGAUUGUUCCGAUCGUGGACCAAAAUUAACAUAGCCAGCGUCGAAGAAUUUCAGGGUCAAGAAAGGAAAAUAAUCAUCAUGUCGACUGUUCGAUCUCGACAUGAAUUGCUAGCUACCGAUUAUAAAUACGGUUUAGGUUUUUUGAAAAACGAAAAAAGAUUCAAUGUUGCCAUCACAAGAGCAAUAUCUCUUCUUAUUGUGAUCGGCAAUCCCGAUAUACUUCAAUGUGAUCCGAACUGGAGAGCGUUUCUGAAGUUUUGUAAGGACAAUUCUGCUUUCAUUGGUGAACCAGCUAGUGGUUCUCUUCCGGAUUUGAUCCCAAUAUGAACUACGAUUUAUGAAUACGUCUAAACGGAUUUCAAAUCUAAUCGAAUCAGUUAUUAUUGACGUAAAUUUUAUUGUAUGUAUUGUGAUUGAGCGAUCUCGUCUUAUCGAAAUUUCUGUGUGAUUUAAUGAAUAAGAGUUUAUAUAGGUAUAUUUUUUUGUUCGUGAUUAGUUGUGCUUGUAAUGCUUUCAUAUUACAAAAAAUAAGGUUUUUAUAUUGUAGUUUUAUUAUUAUUUUUUAUUUUAUUAGGUAUUUUUAUAAUUGUGUACCAGUGUACCUACCUAUGUUUAAUUUACCUUUUUUUGUUUUGCUCGGGAGUUGAAAAUAUAUUUUUUUUGUUUUUGAA